GGUGCCAAGCCUGCACCACUGGAGACUGGAACGCCAAGGGGCAGAGUGGGGGGCACGGUAGGGCUGGGAGCAGGGCUCACGCUGGGUAGGGGCCGCGGGGGGCGGGGGCGGUGCUGGCGGGGCGGUGCUUGGAGCAGCGCGGGGGUUGGGGGCGCUCUCCCGGAGACUCAAGGCGCGUGGGGCUGGGCGCAGAGCCGCAGUCUCCGCCUUGCAGCUUGGAGUGUGCCCGCUGCGCCGCAGCUGUCCGUGCCUGCCGCCACCUUCCCGCCGCCGCCGCCACUGCCAAGAUGCCCAAUUUCGCCGGCACCUGGAAGAUGCGCAGCAGCGAGAAUUUCGACGAGCUGCUCAAGGCUCUGGGUGUGAACGCCAUGCUGAGGAAAGUGGCCGUGGCGGCUGCGUCCAAGCCGCACGUGGAGAUCCGCCAGGACGGGGAUCAGUUCUACAUCAAGACAUCUACCACGGUGCGCACGACUGAGAUCAACUUCAAGGUCGGAGAAGGCUUUGAGGAGGAGACAGUGGACGGACGCAAGUGCAGGAGUUUAGCCACUUGGGAGAAUGAGAACAAGAUCCACUGCACACAAACUCUCCUCGAGGGGGACGGCCCCAAAACCUACUGGACCCGCGAGCUGGCCAACGACGAGCUCAUCCUGACGUUCGGCGCCGAUGAUGUGGUCUGCACGAGGAUUUAUGUUCGGGAGUGAAGGCGGCUGGCUUGCUCCGGCUUUGGGGGUGGAUUCAUGUUCCCCCGAGGAAUGUCAUAGUUCUGAGCUGCCAGUGGACCUCCUCUUCCCCAGUAUCAACAUUAGGUGAUCCUGUUUUCCCCACGAUAAUGCUGUAGUGUUUCCCCCCAAGGCUUCGUGCCUCUGUGUCCCUGGUGCUCCAUAGUUUGGCAUCUCUAUGGUUUCAUCAGCCAUUAAACUGGUUGUACACACCUCAA